GCAUGUAUCACCUGCUUCGAACAAAGUUUUUCUUUGGAUAUUUUCUCAUGAAUUACCUGCAUUUCACUUCUAAAUGACGCGAGUUUACGUAGGAAAUCUGGGAAGUAGGGGUUCCAGGCGGGAACUAGAACGCGAGUUUGAGAGAUUCGGGCCUCUUCGCGACGUAUGGGUCGCCCGCAACCCUCCAGGUUUUGCGUUCAUUCUGUAUGAAGACUCACGCGAUGCCGAUGACGCGAUCCAUGAAAUGGAUGGAAAGUUAGUAUGCGGAGAACGGAUUCGUGUUGAGCUUGCUCGAGGUCCAAGCCGUGGCGGAAGAGCUACACGGCUUGGAUUGACAGAGAAAUGCUUUGAUUGUGGAAGGAUUGGACAUUACGCUCGUGCUUGUACACGUCGACCGGCGGGAGGAAGUCGAGACCGCGAUCGAGAGCGGCGAAGAUCAAGAUCACGCAGUCCACGAUCCCGCUCUCGUUCCCCCAAACGAAGACGCAGUUUCAGUCGUUCUCUGUCUCCAAGGAGGAGAGGCUCUGGAUCAAAUGAGGACAGAAAAUCAAAAUCUCGCUCAAAGUCUCGCAGCAAGAGCCGUUCACAAAGUCCAAGCAAAGAGAAAACCAAUAGAGAAAGAAGUACUAGUCCUGGUCCUGACAGAAAUCAAGAGCAAGAGAAAGAAGACUGUAAUGGAAGGGAAGAAACAGGGAAACAAGUUGAAGAGGACAAACCAGGGGCAGAGGAGAUGGAGCAAAAGUCUCGCAGUGUCUCACCUGCACUAAAUGACAAUGAUAGCCACCGUAAUGAUGACAAUGAUGAAUAACUUGUGGCUUCUCUUGCUUGCAGUGUGCACCAAUUAUUUCAGUCUUUGUAGAGUUUCUUAUGUAUAUGUAGUCUGUAGCUUCUAAACAAGAAAUUGCAGAAAGGUUCAGCAGCAGCUAUGGUUUUUCUAGUCUGGAUUAGCCAGUCAUUGAAUGUAAAAGGGGUUUCGGGUUCAAAAUGUACCUGUGCGAUUAGGAGUGGCACAAGUGGGUCCAUGUUUUGAGAGAAAGCGAGGCAGGUCCCUUUGUCACCUUAGAUAGAUAGUUAAUUUAAGGCUAGCAUGCUGUUGUUUCAGGAACCUACCCAUUUGAAACUCUGGAUUGUCCAAAUGGGUUUAGUCAAUUGUGUCAAAAAUCAUUUUAUUAUUAUUAGUAGUUGUAGUAGUAGUAGUGAUAUUUCUUUACUAUUAUUAUUAUUAUUAUUAUUGCUAUUAUUAAUUCCUUAAUGCAAGUGAAGUCAAACUAGAGGAUCAAACAGGUUACCUUAAUUUUCUGUGGGAUAUUUUUCUCUUGGCCCUUGGUUGAGUUACAUUUUUCAGACGUGACUGGGGAAAAACUUUCUACAUUAGUCUGUUUUGCUGUUCAAUUUGUUGAAUUUUGAGGAAAUUCUUUUUUGAUGUCAUUGGGAGCUUAUUACUGUUAAGUAAUACCUGGGUUUGCUUCAAUUGCUUGCAUGUGCCUUUGUAACAGUUCAUUCUUUCAUCCAUAAUUACUUAUUAAGUGAAAUGGAUUCUUUUGGUUCCAUUGCAAGUUACCAGCUUCUCAGACACUUACAAUUUUGAAGGAAUGCAAUUUUUUUCUCAUUACCUGUACAGUAUUUAUCAUCUUUUAACAGCAAAUUUGAGGAAUCAAAAUAGUGCUUUCAGUGAAGUUUUUUUAUUUCAGUAAGAUCUUAAUUUUUCUUUCUUUUUUCGCUUUCUUACUGUUUAAGAUUAUGUUUACAAUUACGUCAGUUAUUGACUAGUUCUGUAACAUCAUAAAGCAGUAUCAGAUUUCAUACUCUCCAUAUAGUUCUCCAUAUAUUUCCUUUGGUACAGACCUGGAGAAUUUGUUUAACAAUCAAGUUCUUUCUUUGAUGAUCAUUUCUUUUAUUUUCAUCACCUUAAUUAAAAAAUUUAGCUGUGAUACAGUAAGGAGGAUUUGCCUUCAGUUCAAACACCCUAGUUCGCUAUGUGAAUAAAUGACUUCAUUUGCAGCAAA